UGGCGGGUAGGAGGUUAAGUACAGUCACGGUUAUAAGAUGAACAUCAUACACACAGCUUGUCAAUCAAACGAGACUUACAUUCGGGUACUUGGUGCAAGUACAUCUGGCACUGUUGCUUUCUUCCAUGCUGCAGGCACCAGACUUGCACUAGGUCUCUCCUAUGACGGGUGUCACGAUAAGCAAGUUCUAAUCAACCGUGCGAUGCAUCCUUGUUGUCGAGUGUCGAGAACAGACGAACCUUUUAAAAAUUUAUAGCUUGGAAAGGACUCUAAAUCCUGGGUACAGCGAAAGAAACAAGGAAUGGGAUGAGAGAGAAAGAGAGAAAUUUCAGGACGCAUAGGGGGGAGAAAAAGAGAAAGAUCCGAGAGCUGGAAUAAAUGAAAGAAUAAAAAUUAACGGCGUGACAGAGUGACAGCCAUCAAAGCAAUUCAACACUGCAACCGUCAUGAUUUCCUGCACUCGCCACGCCCCGCUCCCAGCAGCUCACCAGCGCGGCGCGCGGCCAGACCUGCCAAUCAUCCCGCAGUCGACCAAUGAGAACGUCAGUCACGCCAGCCUCGGAACGCCACCGCCCGCUGAGCGCGACAACAACGCGGCGCUGGGGAGUGUUACGGGGACUGGCAGCGCGCGCCGCGGUUCUCACUGGCUAGUGGCUGUUGCAGCAAGCGGAGCUCCCCCGCCAACCAAAACGCCGCGUGGUGAGAAGGGGUAGACGGAAAGCGUGAAAAGGGGGGGGUCGGAUCUUGGUCGGAGACUUUAUCAACAGUCACGCUGGUUCCCCGACAGUUCGCAUGUCGCGAAGCGAGCGCGGAAGGCGAAGCGGUCAGAAACCCAGCGGUUGUGAUAGGAGGGGGGUUGCACGGCGACGCAGCGACCGCCUCACCCUCGAAGCUUGUACGCCCGCUUGUCCGUUUCAGAGGAGGAGUGACAGAUAGCCGAGGCUGCUGAGCCCUCGUGAUGCUUUGCUGUGUUGGGGGGCCUCUAUCCUACACCACGCUCAACCAGAAGCUGUCGUGGAGUAUAAUCAGUUGUAGGUAGUAGCGCCAGCCUUGCUCAACCUUUUCCAGAUAAGCGCCAUUUUGCUACGGCAACGUGUUUUUCCGGGGGGGGGCGACGAAUUAUGUUUGUGUGUGAGAAAAAAAUCUGACUUAAAAAAAAAAAUCGUCGUCAACUAUGCCCUUAGGACAUCAAGACAACUGCGACCUCGCUCCAAAAACAGGACACACUCAAGUUUUCUGAAGGGUAUACAACUUACCCCCUGAACGCUGUCACCCGUCGGUUGAGUUUGUGUUUGUGCCAAACGUUUGGAUCUGUUUUCCCCCAACCAGCGUCGGAGGAGUCCCUCCCUUGUCCCACCCCAUCCCCUCCCUCUCCAACCAGCAGGGUCCUUGCAACUUGUAGUCGCCGUGGUGGUGAUUAAGCUGUGUGUUGAUGGUGCUGGUGGUGUUGAUGCCAGCGGCCUAAUGGAGAGACAGUGAAGAGGAGGAACAAGUUCGGUCGUCUGCCCUACACGGGGAUAGUGCCAGUCCUCCAGCCAGCGGCCAUAUUCGGGCCGGGAUUUGUUUUUCGUUGUCGCCUUCAACUGAGCUGGUGGUGUGUUGUGAAGCACACUGUCAGCGACCAACCCACCUGUAAUCAAUGAUGAUCAACCACUUCAUGGACACCGCCCCGCACCUCCCUCCGGGUGCCCUAAAGCUCAGCCCUCCCCAUCACAUGGGGGACGGGACAGGGGGCAUCGGCAUGGGCAUGGGGCUGCACGGGCAGGCCAACCACCACCAGUUUGGGUCGCAGUCCAACGGGUACACCAUGACGCACCCGCACUCUCAGAUCUCAAGCAUCCUGAUGCGGCGACCCGAGAUCGGAUUCGGGGUGGGCCCCGCCGGUGACACAGGCACGCCGCCACACCCGGGCAUGUUCUCCUCGUCGGCGGCGUCCUUGCACCACCCGGAGCCACCCACCCCGGGCCACGUCCUGUUCCCUGGCCUGCACGACUCGCCGCACCACCCGGCCGGCCACCCGAUGAACCCCAACAUGUUCACCGCCGCGUACGGGAACCCUCGCGCAGACCAGUUCAACAUGGGGGGUCCUCGUCCGGACCACUUUCCCUCCCCCCAGCACCUGAACAUGAACCUAGCCGGCCACCCGGCGGCGCGCAUGAACAUGGGUCCGCACGGGCCGGGUGCUUUCUACCCGUUCAUCCGGCAUCCGAUCAAGCAGGAGCACACGUGCCUGUGGAUAGACCAGGAGCAGGCGGAGCCGAGGAAGCCCUGCAACAAGAUCUUCAACACCAUGCACGAGAUCGUCACCCACAUCACGGUGGAGCACGUGGGUGGGCCGGAGCAGGCCAACCACUCGUGCUACUGGCAAGGGUGCGUGCGCGAUGGACGUCCCUUCAAAGCCAAGUACAAGCUGGUCAACCAUGUCCGGGUGCACACGGGGGAGAAGCCAUUUCCUUGCCCAUUCCCCGGCUGCGGCAAAGUCUUCGCACGCAGCGAAAACCUCAAAAUCCACAAGCGAACUCAUACGGGUGAAAAGCCGUUUAAGUGCGAGUUCGAGGGCUGUGACCGGAGGUUCGCCAACAGCUCCGACCGCAAGAAACACUCACACGUGCACACGAGCGACAAGCCCUACAACUGUAAGGUCAAAGGUUGCGACAAGAGCUACACCCACCCCAGCUCGCUGCGCAAACACAUGAAGGUGCACGGCAAGACGUCCCCCCUGCCUGACGACCACUACGACUCCGACCCGGAGAGCCCGAGCUCCGACAGCAGCAACCCCGCCCACAGCCCCGCCACCACCGUCACCACCACGCCGACGCCUACCUCCAACAGCAGCACCCAGCAUCAACCUCAGCAACGGCGGCCACAACCACCACCCCCGCAACAACAACAGUGGUAACAACAACAGUAGCAGCAACAACGUUCUCGGCGGCGGUGGAGGUGGUGGAGGCCCGGGCAGCGGGGGGUCGUCCUCGGGGUUGAGCCUGGGCUCCCCGCCUUCACUGCCACCACCACCAUCCACCAUCACCAUCACCACCACCAUCCGCAGCUGCACCACCAUCACCAUCACCAUCCGCCGCCACCUCCGCCGCCGCUGGGCAACCACCUGCUGACGCACCACCCCAACCUGGGCGAGUGGUACGUGCAGUGCCAGAACGCCGCCGCCUCCAUGCAGUCUCCUCCCGCCAGUGAUCACUCCUCCCUCAGCAGCCUCAGCCACCUGGCGUCCCUCACCGGCCAUCAUCAUCCCCCGACCGUCGUGCAGUACACGUGACAACGAGCGGCAUGGGAGGAGCGGUACUGGUGACGUCAGAAGGGAAGUGACGUUUGGGGUCGGCGCCGGUACAGACAGUGACUGUUGGGAAGGGGAAAGCCCCUAAUUUUCACACAAAUACUUUCUUGCUGCUUUCUUGACCGGAAGGAAGGCAGAAACAUUCGAUAAACAAGGAGGACACGAGAGUAAAGGGUGUUAACAGACACAGCGCAAUGUCACUCGGGAAAAAUUUUCAAAAAAGUGAGUUUUAUUCAGGAAACUGAACAUCUUCUCCCAAGACGAGAAGAAAAAUUCUUUUUAUCUUAGAGACCUCGCUGUUUCGAAAAUUCCUCCUCGUGUGUAUGUGGGUGGAUAGUUUGUUUGUGUGGGUGUGUGGGUGUGUGGGUGUGGGUGUGGGUGUGGGUGUGUUUGUGCGCGCGUGUGUACAGGUGGCGAUCCUUGUCGCCCUCGGUUUGAAGUUUCUCCACUAUAAUUUCCGGGAGGAACUUGUGUAAGAAAGGACCUAAAGAACUUACAAAUUAACACAAAUUAUCGCAUAAUCUGUUACAUUUUUUUAAAGUGAAUUGUGCGGAGAAAAAGCCUCGACUUUUGUGGCCACUGAGAAGACAGAAUUUCGAGUAAAUGAAAUAAUAUUCCCAGUCUACAAAACGAGUCUUCUUGUCCAACCUGCUUCAGUUCAUGUCCCGCAAAACAUCAAACGUGGUACAGGAGGAGUCAAACUUCGCCAUAUUGUUUGACGUGGGGUACAUGAGGCCUCAUAACUGCUUCAAAUUCUGACAUGGGUCAGGGUCGGUGUGAGUUGACCUCAGGGUUGAAAUCCACCCUGGUCAGCCCCUAACCCGUCCUUUGACCAGUGAUUUGCCUGAUAUUAAAGUGUACACAGGAGCUGUAAAUGACUUUCAGAUCUCGUCAACAUUUUUCGAAAGACGAGACACCAAAUAAAAGAUUUUAUUUCUUCAAAAUUAGAGACAACCAGUUUUUGUCCUCACGGUUCGUUCUUGCUGCUCGUGCAAAUCUCGUCGAGGUCAAGGUGGACCGGAGGAACAAACAAGUUGUUAGUUUAAGCAUCAGGAAUAAACAGACUUCAGUGUUUCGAUCCCGACAAACUUGAAGCAACUUCAUUCGGAGUGGACUUGGAAGUCGAAGACUGCAUCUGUUACUAUCAUUGUGGUCAAGAGGACGCAUGUCUGGGUGGACAUCUUUGUUUUUUUAAGUUCCCUCCCCUGGUAAACACACCUGUUAUGAUUGUAGAGAAUAUAGAGAGCGUAGAGUGUGUAGAGAGUAGAAUGAAGGCCGUCUGGUUAUCUGGUCGAGCAACUCUAACAUUCUCGACAUCAAUAUUGUAAUCAAACAUGGCUGGUCUUGGGGUUGUUUUAAAUUUUUUCUGGUAAUGCCUUGAUGAAAUCCUUCAAAGACGUGAGUCUCGUGAGCUAAAAAAAAAAAAGAAAGAAAGAAAAACCAAGUAACGAGAGAAACUUCAUUCACACAAGGGUAAGCAGGAUCUGAAAAAUAAAAAAAAUCAGAAGAAAAAGGUGGAGUUUGUUCGGGAAUGGGUGGGACAUUGUGGGGUGUGCUUGGAUUUUAAGGACAUCGUGAAUGCAAGGUCGAGGUCACUUGGCGCACUCUUGCCAAAGUACAAGUGUGACGUCACGGUUCGGAGGUCGUCCAGGAAGCGCAGCACAGACCCCAGAUGAUGACGAUUGAACUGAAUCGAUCUUCAACCUUCCCUCACUUUCUCUGAUUUUUCUUCUGUGUCAAUCGUUGACGGAUGUGAUCGCACGGACAGCGAAGUGAAGACACGCAAAGCAAGGAGUACACAGUGGAUGAUGCACAAACAUCUCUGGCCGACACCAAGAUGGCAAUCCAUUAGCAGGACAUUCGGUACAAGUGAUCAUCACCAUCCAUCAUCAUCAUCUAGCAUUCUUAAACAUAGUCACUAGAGAGAGACAAACAGUAUGUGACCCUCGAUACUAUAAUCUAUGUUUAAGAUCAUGGCGUCUGAGCACAGAGACCAAGAUGGUGAUGCUCGACUGCGCAGCCGCAGUCUGAGCGGAACUUCUUUUUUUUUUUUUUUUUUUUUUUUUUUUUUGCUGCAGACUAUGGUUUCCUGUACCCUUUCUUGGCAUACAGCAAAUAAUUAGCUUACAUAUCUCGUGUCAUUGGGGUGUUGAUUUGCCACCGGCGGGUGCGCCAUGUCUGUUUAUUUGUUCAUGUACAUUUUUCAAAGGCUUACAGAGACCUGUUUCCAAUAUUCUUGCCACUUUCAUGUCUUAUCUCUUUGCUUUAUAUGCCGUGGAUAAAAACAUUAUGUAAAAAAAAGGCAUUUUUUUUUCAAAAGGGAAAUUUUCCUUUUUACACAGCAGCAUUGAUACUUUUUUCCCGUCUGUCUAGCAUGAACAGUGUUUUGACUGAAAUAAAUAAUGUGUACAACUC